AUGAUUUCGCAGAAGCACAGAUGCGGUGAGCUUUUUUCACAACGAUCGGUAGGGUACACUCUCCAUGUCACAGCGUUGUACGAGCAGGUUGUGGUCUCGUGGUCUAGGCCUGGGCAGCCGCAGAGAGAGGUCGGUAUCGCGAAGGAGACACUGGAUAAUCGCUGGCAUUGGGUAGCAUUGAAAUAUCGGCACAACCCACCGGCUUUGUUGCUCGAAGUUGAUAGGGAAUCGCAGGUGAUAUCAAACGUGAGGUGGAAUGGUGAAUUGCUAUCAGCCGGCGCCCUAGAAGCCAACGGUGCAGUGGUAUUAGUGGGUAACGUGUUCAGCGGAUGCCUUCACGAGGGCCCACAACUGGAGUUCCAUGCUGCGUAUCUUCUGCAGACCAAUGUGCGGUUUGGGCAUUGUCCACUAACGACUGAUGAAUGUAAAAAGGAUGUGUUACGGAUACCGCCAAAAGACCAUUGCUAUAACGAGCCGUGUUUGAGACACGGGGUUUGUAUAUCUAGACACGAUAGAUAUGAAUGUCAUUGCUCAGCUCGAUACACCGGCAACAAUUGUGAAGUGGACGCGGGUGAUCCCUGUGCGUCCGCGCCUUGUCACCAUGGAGGAACGUGUGUGGAAGACACUCGGGGGGACUACACGUGUCUAUGUCCUAAACAUUAUCACGGUAUGUACUGUGAACUGGAAGACUCGUUAGACCCGCAGUGCGUGGCGGGACCAUGUCGUAACAACGGAUCGUGUAGUGUGCCAACUGGAGCUGAUAUGGUCCGCGAAGAGUGUCGUCUGCCAGCGCGCACCCCGGUCACCCCCGUGCGCCGCCCCUUUUCAGCCGUGGACCCUGGCUCGGAGGGUUACACCGGCCCCCGAUGUGACAUAAACAUAAACGAAUGUCUAGAAGAGAAAUCUGUAUGCGGGCAUGGAGUGUGUUACGACACAUACGGAUCAUUUGUGUGUGCCUGUUUACCCGGGUAUACGGGUGACCGGUGUCAAAAGAUGUCAGCGUGCGCGUCCGGACCCUGUGGCGUCGGUGGUGCAUGUGUAGAAGAAAACAACGGGGCCGGUUUCCGUUGCGUAUGCGCACGUGGUCUCGCGCCGCCAUUGUGUGUGCCGCAAGCUCCGCUCCUUCUAAGCUCGUCACACCCGUGUCCGCUUGUGAAGAGGUCUCGUGCCCGCCUAGGUGUGACUGGAAUGGUAGCGGGAAUAGUACUCACCAAGCAAGUUCUUUGUGUCUGCGAUAUUGGAUAUUAUGGUGCUCCAGGUGUAUCACCAAACUGCAGCACUCUGGAACUACUUGCCCGCCGCCUUAUUGAGAGUAAAUAUCCAAUUUGCAUGUUAGAUUAUUUCGCAUAA